GUUGCUUUAUGUUCAAGGACUUGUGAUAUAACCAGUCCAAAAAGAACUGCACAGUGUGAUAACUAGUCCACAAAGAACUACACAGUAUGAUAACCAGUACACAAAAAGCUACACAUUGUUAUAACCAGUAUUAAAGAACUGGGCAUUUUGAGUACCAGUCCAAUAAGAACUAGACAUUGUGAUUACCAGUCCACAAAAAACUGCAUAAUGUUAUUUAAUAUUACCAGUCGACAAAGAAUAACACAUUGUGAUAACCAGUACAUGAGGAAAUGCAAAAUGUGAUACCCAGUCCAGAAAGAACUGCACAAUGUUGUAACCAGUCCUCAAAGAACAACACAGUGUGAUAUCCAGUCCACAAAAAAACGUACAGUGGAAUGGAAGAAAACUGUGUGAGAAAUGGCAAGCUUUAAACUCAAUCUGAAGAAACCAGACAGAAUUCUGACGUUUGAUGACUCAGACCUGUCAGAAUGCCAGACUGGAACAGGAAGUUCGAGCACAGCACCACCUGUACCAGCAGUGACGUCAGAGGUUGUCCUUCCAAGAUCAGUGCCCAACCACUUGUUGUUGGUAUCAAUAUUGGAGCAGCUCUGUCAUAUAUAUGGCAGAGAUACCAGACAGGCACAAGAUAUUUUCAAAUCAAUAUGUGAGCAGCUGACAAAGUUGAAUGUGGUGUCUCCACUUUUAAUGCUGGAUGAGAUGAGCAGCCUUAGAGAGCAGUACAGACACAGUGUUCACAGGAUGCUGCUAGUUGCUGUUCACAAAUCUAAUAAGGGUCUCACAGGUAAACUGUCUCUACCUGCUCCUAAUGGAUUCAGUGACACAAACCUUCCUGCACUACAAAACAACAUUCCUGUACAUCCAUCGUCCAGUACUGGUGACCUUAUCAAUCAAACAUCUCGCUACAGCACAGAGUUUGUAGAAUUGGAGAAGAUAGGAAAAGGAGGGUUUGGAGCUGUCUAUAAGAGUAGAAACAAGCUAGAUGGGAAGAUGUAUGCUGUAAAAAAGGUCAAGUUCAAACACUCCAAGCCAGAAGUUUGGUUUCGGGUAUUGAGAGAAGUGAAAGCGUUGGCCAGUCUCCAGCACACCAAUAUUGUUGGAUACAACGCUGCCUGGCUGGAGUACAGUACUGCUCCAUUACCUAAACCAUCUUCUGGUGCCAGUUUACAUGACAUUUCAUUUGACACGGACAAUCUCACAGAGUCAGAAAACGACACCGGUGUCAUAUUUCAGGACACUUGUGACGGAGAUUAUUCCCAGGGCCUUCUGCCACCUUACAAUGAUUGCUUCAGAUGGGGCACUGGACCAAAAAUCAAGGAAAUAGCUUCAAACAAUUCUAGUCAGGCAUCUUCUCCUCAAAAUACCGCGACCAGUCCUCCAAAGAUGUUUGCAUUGAAUCAUAGAAACAAAAGUCAUAAUGACAUGUUUGAGUAUCAGGGCAGGAAAACAUUUGGUGGUAAUGAUUUCAAACUAGAUAACACAUCAACCUUUGAAAUGGAAAAAACAUCAGUAGAAUCUCAUGCUUUGUCAUUGGUCCCAGGACACUUUGGUAAUGUGAAAACAGUACUGGAAUCGAAGGUUAAAUUUACACUAGACAAUAGUAUGUUAGAUUCUGAUAACCAGUUGGACCAAGUAGAUGGCAGCACAUAUGAUCGUGGAGAUGGAAGGAAUAGACGGAUAUUAUAUAAAAGAAGUAUAAGUUGUGAUCCUGUGGCUUCGGGUGAAUUAGCUCUACCUUUAGAAGACAGCAGUAACAUUUUCCAGUUUGUAGAAACUGAGUUUCCUCUACAGAAAACUGUUACGCUAUACAUACAGAUGGAGUUAUGCAGCGUAACAUUAAAAGAAUGGAUGCAAAAAAGAAAUGAAAAAUGUCACUGUGAAAAAGAUCUCAUCCCAUAUACUGACAAGAACAUGAUCAUUUUCAGACAAAUUCUGAAAGCUGUGGAAUAUAUACAUUCUCAAGGUGUUAUCCACAGAGACUUAAAGCCUCGGAAUAUUUUUCUCCGAGAAGAAGGUCUUCAUGUGAAAGUUGGCGAUUUUGGUUUAGCGACUGAUGACGUAAUUACUAGUCCAGUUAGUGACGAAUCCUUCAAUGCUCUUAACGUAGCUACAACAAGACUUGUUCGUACCGGCAGCAUUCUGUCUGACCAUACUUCUGGGGUUGGUACGUCAACCUAUGCUGCGCCAGAACAGCUACAGGGGUCGGGAUAUAAUACAAAAUGUGAUAUUUACAGUUUAGGCGUCAUACUGUUUGAAUUAUUCCAAAGUUAUGGAACAGAAAUGGAACGUUUCAAGAGCUUAAGUGAUUUGAGAAAAGGUAUAAUUCCAGAUGAAGUGUACACGAACUGGCCUGUACAGACACAGUAUAUUGAACUUAUGACCAGUGAAAGUCCAGAUGUCCGUCCAUCAACAAAAUCCAUGCUUGGUGGAGAACUAUUUCUGACUAAAGAGCAAGUCAUUGAUGAUAUGAGGAAAGAAAUUGAAAGUCUUAAGAAACGGUUAGUAGAGAAAGAUAAAAUGAUUGCAGAGAGAGAUUCUACUAUAGCUAAACUGAUGGUAGAACUUAAUGAUACCAGUUAUCUUGCUGGUACCAGUGUUUGAUUCAAAAUAGUGUGUUAGUUUACAUGCUGGUACCCAUGUUGAAUCAGAGAUUAUAACUGUGUUAGUUUACAUGCUGGUACCCAUGUUUGAUCAGAGAUUAUGAGUGUGCUAGUUUACAUGCUGAUACCCAUGUUUGGUCAGGGAUUAUGUUUUAGUUUGCAUUCUGGUUCCAGUAUUUGAUCAGAGUUUAUAUGUUAGGUACCAUUGUUAUUAGAAUAUUACACAGCCAGUACCAAAGAAAUAUGCUUCCACUACAUGUGCCAGUAUAUGACUAGACACAAUAUACAUUAUAGCACUCAUGUUGUUAGCAGUUUUAAGAUAGUACACAUGCUAAUACUAAAGUUUGAAUAGGAUUAUUUGUGAAUUGACAAAUGAAACACUGCUCACCAGAAUAUUGUUGACUCUGGCAUGUGAACUUGCCCGAGCAGUUCAUAUGGUCCCUAGUGUGCUCCUUAAAUUUUAUAUGUUUAGAUCAUUAGAAACCCAAAAGUAUAUUUUACACAUCCCCACCUGAUCUCAGUCAGUGUUUUACUGUAUUCUAAUUGCUAAUACCAUUGUUGGUUAGUUUGCAGACUGGAACUAAUGUUUUAGUUAUAAAAGAUCGGUUAUAAUUGCAGUACAUUUACAAUCAUCCAUGUAGAAGGGGCCUCCAUGGCCUAGUGGUUAAGGUUGCUGACUUCAAAUCACUUGCCCCUCAUUGAUGUGGGUUCGAACCUCAGUCGGGGCGUUGAAUUCUUCAUGUGAGGAAGCCAUCCAGCUGGCUUACAGAAGGUUGGUGGUUCUACCCAGUUUCCGGCUUGUGAUGAAAUAAUGCACGGAUGGGCACCUAGGGUCUUCCUCCAUCAUCAAAGCUGGAAAGUCGCCAUAUAACCUAUAAUUGUGUCGGUGCGACAUUAAACCCAACACAAUAAAUAAAUAAAUGUAGAAAUUCCUGUUUCUAUUGUAUGAUGUGAUAGUGUUGAAAUAAUUCUACAAAUAGAACUAAAGUAGAAUCUGUACAUCUGUGUUAUUUUAUGUUAGUUGAUUAUAACAGUUGCUUGCGUUUGAUGGAAUAAAUUAAUUUGGUAUGAUGUAUGUACUUAACCAUAUGAUGGCUCUAUUUAACCAUUUAAGUUAUAUAGUAUAUAGAUACAUUUUUAGCUCGACUAUUCAAAGAAUAGGGGAGCUGUCCUACUCGCCCCGGCGUCGGCAUGAGCGUGAGCGUCAUACAAAUGUUAAAGUUUGCGUACCACCCCAAAUAUUUUCAAACUCCAUUGAGAUAUUGCUUUCAUAUUUUGCAUACUUGUUUACCAUCGUGACCCCAGUCUGUAAAAAGGAGGAGGCAACUCUAUCAAGCAUUUUGACUGAAUUAUGGCCCCUUUUCGACUUAGAAUAAAUGUUAAAGUUUGCAUACCACCCAAAAUAUUUUCAAAGUCCAUUGAGAUAUUGCUUUCAUAUUUUGCAUAUUUGUUUACCAUCAUGACCCCAGUCUGUAAAAAGGAGGAGGCAACUCUAUCAAGCAUUUUGACUGAAUUAUGGCCCCUUUUCGACUUAGAAUAUGCUUAUUGUAAUGUUAAAGUUUUACUCAUUGUUAUGUUAUAUACUAUCAAGCACUGAGAAUAGUCGAGCGUGCUGUCCACUGACAGCUCUUGUUUGAUUUCUGAUCACAUGCAAUCUUCUGUCUGAAAGGAGGUACAAAGGAAGCAAAAUAUCUGGACAGCCAGAGAAUCAGUACAGCAAAAUUGAAUUGAAUCUCUUGUUUUUAUGUUGUUUGAUCACAUUUUAGUUGUGUUUUCGUGAUCAUAUGUUACGAUCACUCAUUGUUUUAAGGUUCUUGUUUAGCAAGUUCGAAUUAAAUAAUACUAUUGCACCACCAGUUUUUAGGGUUCAUGUUUAGCAAGUUCGAAUCAAAUAAUACUAUUGCACCACCAGUUUUUAGGGUUCAUGUUUAACAAGUUCGAAUCAAAUAAUAGUAUUGCACCACUAGUUUUUAGGGUUCAUGUUUAACAAGUUCGAAUCAAAUAAUAGUAUUGCACUGCCAGUUUUUAGUGUUCAUGUUCAACAAGUUCAAAUCAAGUAAUAGUAUUGCACCACCAGUUUUUAGGGUUCAUGUUUAACAAGUUCAAAUCAAGUAAUAGUGUUGCACUACCAGUUUUUAGGGUUCAUGUUUAACAAGUUCAAAUCAAGUAAUAGUGUUGCACUACCAGUUUUUAGGGUUCAUGUUUAACAAGUUCAAAUCAAGUAAUAGUGUUGCACUACCAGUUUUUAGGGUUCAUGUUUAACAAGUUCAAAUCAAGUAAUAGUGUUGCACUACCAGUUUUUAGGGUUCAUGUUUAACAAGUUCAAAUCAAGUAAUAGUGUUGCACCACCAGUUUUUAGGGUUCAUGUUUAACAAGUUCAAAUCAAGUAAUAGUGUUGCACUACCAGUUUUUAGGGUUCAUGUUUAACAAGUUCAAAUCAAGUAAUAGUGUUGCACUACUAGAUUUUAGGGUUCAUGUUUAACAAGUUCAAAUCAAAUAAUAGUAUUGCACCGCCAGUUUUUAGGGUUCAUGUUCAACAAGUUCAAAUCAAGUAAUAGUGUUGCACUACUAGAUUUUAGGGUUCAUGUUUAACAAGUUCAAAUCAAGUAAUAGUAUUGCACCACCAGUUUUUAGGGUUCAUGUUUAACAAGUUCGAAUCAAAUAAUAGUAUUGCACUACUAGUUUUUAGGGUUCAUGUUUAACAAGUUCAAAUCAAAUAAUACUAUUGCACCACUAGUUUUUAGGGUUCAUGUUUAACAAGUUCGAAUCAAGUAAUAGUGUUGCACUACUAGUUUUUAGUGUUCAUGUUUAACAAGUUCGAAUCAAAUAAUAGUAUUGCACCUCCAGUUUUAGGGUUUACUUAAUGUUUAACAAGUUCGAAUCAAGUAAUAGUAUUGCACCACUAGUUUUUAGGGUUCAUGUUUAACAAGUUCAAAUGUGUCGGUGCGACGUUAAAUCCAAAAAAAAAAAAAAAAAAAAAAAAUAACAAGUUCAAAUCAAGUAAUAGUAUUGCACCACUAGUUUUUAGGGUUCAUGUUUAACAAGUUCGAAUCAAAUAAUAGUAUUGCACCGCCAAGUUCGUAUCAAAUAAUAGUAUUGCACCGUCAGCUUUUAGGGUUAAUGUUUAACAAGUUAGAAUCAAGUAAUAAUAUUGCACCACUAGUUUUUAUGGUUCAUGUUUAACAAGUUCGAAUCAAAUAAUAGCAUUGCACCACCAAGUUCAAAUCAAGUAAUAGUAUUGCACUGCCAGUUUUUAGGGUUAAUGUUUAACAAGUUCGAAUCAAGUAAUAGUAUUGCACUACUAGUUUUUAGGGUUCAUGUUUAUCAAGUUCGAAUCAAGUAAUAGUAUUGCACUACUAGCUUUUAGGGUUCAUGUUUAACAAGUUUGAAUCAAGGAAUAGUAUUGCACUACUAGCUUUUAGGGUUCAUGUUUAACAAGUUCGAAUCAAAUAAUAGUAUUGCACCGCCAAUUUUUAGGGUUCAUGUUUAACAAGUUCGAAUCAAGUAAUAGUAUUGCACUACUAGAUUUUAGGGUUCAUGUUUAACAAGUUCGAAUCAAGUAAUAGUAUUGCACUACUAGAUUUUAGGGUUCAUGUUUAACAAGUUCGAAUCAAGUAAUAGUAUUGCACCACUAGUUUUUAGGGUUCUUGUUUAACAUGAUCAAGUCAAAUAAUAGUAUUGCACACACAGUUUUUAGGGUUCAUGUUUAACAAGUUAGAAUCAAAUGAUAGUAUUGCAUCGCAAGUUUUUAGGGUUCAUGUUUAACAUGUUUGAAUCAAAUACUAGUAUUUCACCGCCAGUUUUUAGAUUUCUAUAGAUAGCUUCUGAAAUUCUUAUAAGGUUGUGCAUGAUCUCAAAUACAUUGCAUUUCCAUUUUUAUGAAAUCCUUGUGUAAAGUUUAUUCAUUGUACACAGAUUCUGUUUUCAUUGUUCUUGUCAGUAUGCCCAGGUUGCCAGGACAGGACACACAAAAAAUUAUAUUUCCUUCUCCGUAAUAUAUAAAUUUUAGUGUUAUUUGGUAGCACAGAAUAAUUUGCCAAGUGUGCCAUAGUGGUCCAUUCAAAUGUUGUCCAUGUUAUUAUAUAAUGCCAUUUUCCUGCCAGAUAUAAACUUAAUAAUGAUUCUUGACUGUUUUUUAAGCAGCUUGAUCUACUUCCCAGCUUGUUUCUUGACUGUUUUGUAAAAUGGAAGUGGAAGUAAUUAUUUCCUGUUAUCUCCUUAUAUGGUAAUAGGGUUUUAUUAUGUUUCAGUCACAUGACCAUGGUCUUCUUGCAUUAUGUUUACCUAUAUUUUUUGACUGCAUAUAGACUUUCAAGAAAAGAAGUAAAAUGUUAGCUGCGAGUAGAGGUGGAUGGUUAGCACCAUUUGUAUCAUCCAUUGUCAUGUGUCAACAAAUUUGCAUAAACAUCUUCUCCUCUGGUCAGAAUUACACCAAACUUGGUCUAGAGAAUCCGAUGUCUCUCAAAAUUAUUCAUAUAUUUCCACUUGAGUUGACUUUUUUGUGAGCAGAAGCAAAGGGUGUAAAACCUUUAAAAAAUCAUCUUUUCAUCAUCCACUUGAUGGAUCAGUACCAAAUUUAGGUCUGUAGGGAUCUUUAAAGGUCUUUUCUGAGUUUAAUUUACAUGGUUCUACUUUACUGCAUGGGCAGAGCUAAAACAGAGGGGAAGAAAAGACUUUUAGUAAACCAAGAGAUGGAUCGUCGUAAAACUUAGUUGGUAGCAUCCUUUCAAAGGACUUACUUCAUGUUUCUUCCAAUGAUUCUGCUUCACAGCAUUUAGGGGCUACCAGAGCUAUUAUACUUUACUUCACUUAUAGGCUGCUGGAAUUAAGAAUAUGUUCACCAGACUUGGUCAGAUGUAUUCUUGAAUGGUCCUGUUCAAGGCUGUUUAUUAGUUUACUCUUUGGGGCUGCCUGGAUUAAAAUGGAAACAUUUAACUUUUUUUUACGCCCGAAGGGACGUAUUAUGUUAUGACGCUGGUGUCCGUCCGUCUGUCCGUUAGCAAUUUCCUGUCCGCUCUGUUACUCUUGAACCCCUUGAAGGAUUUCAAGGAAACUUGGUUCACCACACCGAGACGAUGUGCAGAGCGCAUGUUUUGGAUGUCUCGCUUCAAGGUCAAGGUCACACUUAGGAGUCAAAGGUCAUAUCAGUUUGUUUUGUGUCCGCUCUGUAACUCUUGAACCCCUUGAAGGAUUUCAAAGAAACUUGACACAAAUGUUCACCACACCAAGACGACAUGCAGAGCACAUGUUUUGGAUGUCUCGCUUCAAGGUCAAGGUCACACUUAGGAGUCAAAGGUCAUAUCAGUUUGUUUCGUGUCUGCUCUGUAACUCUUGAACCCCUUGAAGGAUUUCAAAGAAACUUGACACAAAUGUUCACCACACCAAGACGAUGUGCAGAGCGCAUGUUCCAGACGACUUGCUUUAAGGUCAAGGUCACACUUAGGGGUCAAAAGUCAUAUCAGUUUGUUUCGUGUCCGCUCUGUAACUCUUGAACUGCUGGAAGGAUUUCAAAGAAACUUGGCAGAAAUGUUCACCACACUGAGACGAUGUGCAGAGCACAUGUUCCGGAUGACUUGCUUCAAGGUCAAGGUCACACUUAAGGGUCAAAGGUCAUAUAUGACUUUGCUUUGUGUAUAUUGCUCUGCAUUGCAGUGCUCUUGUUUUUAUUUGGCAGAUCUGUUUUUUGUUCACUUACAAUAAUUUUUUUUUAAUUACUUCCCUUUUAUGUUACUAUAAAUAGCUUAUUUUGAAACUUCUUUAUUAUUGGCCGUAGGGAAAACCAAGACCACUUUUCUAUGGUACAACAUGGAUGGAACUUCCAAUUUUUAUGUGUAUUUUUACAUACCUAUACCUGAUAAGAAUUUUUUUUGUGGACUUCAAAUAUUUAUUUUUUUGGACUUAAGAUUUGUUUUUUGAAGUUUUCCUUUUGUUGUUCCAGUCCUUUGGGCUACAGCAGUCCAGUUCUUUAAAUUUUGCUCCCAUCCUAUGAUGUAACCCUUCAGGUGUAUAUUGCCCUGCUUGGCGGAGCUUUUGUUUUUUUGUCAGGCAGGGCUUGAUAGAUGACUUUAACUGGGUCAUAUUUUGAGCAUCAUCGUGUGAACCUUUCUGAGAUUUAUGAAAUCAAAAUUUUGCUUUUGUGCAAUUAUUUGCUGUUUUGACUGAAUAAUGAUCUUCAGAUGGUAUUGCAUGUUGUACAGAGUUUCAGCAUGACAACCUUUCAAACAAAAGUAUACUCUGAGUUCAGCAUUAUACCUAUAUGCAAGCGCUUUUUAGCUCGACUUUUCGAAGAAAAAGUAGAGCUAUUGCACUCACCCGGGUGUGGGCAUCGGCGUCGCCGUUGGUUAAAGUUUUUAAUAAUGUCAAAUAUCUCUGUUACUAUCAAACCUAUUGACUUGAAACUUAAAAUACUUAUUUACUAUCAAAGUCUACACCAGGAGAAACAAUCCUCAUAACUCUGCUUUGAAUUUUGACAGAAUUAUGCCCCUUUUUAACUUAGAAUUUUUGGUUAAAGUUUUUGAUAAAGUCAGAUAUCUCUGUUACUAUCAAAGCUAUAGGAGAGAUCGUGUUUGUAUACAAAUCCGUUGUAAUUUCUAUUUUAAGAACUGAUAAGACAAAGGUCGGGUGGGCAGAUGCCGAGCGUCCAUGUUUUUUUUGUAAACAGAGAUGUUUUUCUAAUGGCUUAAACUUUCCUAAAACAAAUAUGAUAUCAAAAAUUUUUUAUCAGUGGAAAGGAUAUGAAACAAGCAAUUUAUUGAUUACUUUUAAUUAUUAUUUCGAAAUAAAAAAGAUUAAUUAUGAACGCUUAACUUACAGUGUUUUUUUUUAAAACUUUGGAGCAUCGCUACGCCGCUAUUAAAAUCAUAUGUAAUUUAAAAUGGUUUUUAGCUCGACUAUUCGAAGAAUAGUCUAGCUAUUCUACUCACUCUGGCGUCGGCGUCGGCGUCACACUUUGGUUAAGUUUUUGCAUGCAAGUACAUACAGCUAUCAUUUAAAGGCAUAUAGCUUUGAAACUUAUUUAUUCUUUUUCUAGGUCAAUUACCAACCUCACUGGGUCAAGUUCCAUAACUCUAACAUGUAUUUUGAGCAAAUUAUGCCCCCUUUUGGACUUAGAAAAUUCUGGUUAAAGUUUUACAUGCAAGUUACUAUCUCCAAAACUAAUGCAGAUAUUGAAUUGAAACUUCACAUGUGUCUUCGGGGUUAUAAAACUAGUUGAUAGCACCAAGCCCCAUAACUCUGACCUUCAUUUUGACCAAAUUAUGCCCCCUUUUGGACUUAGAAAAUUCUGGUUAAAGUUUUGCGUGCAAGUACAUACAGCUAUUACUAAAAGGCAUAUAGAUUGGAAACUUAGUUUUUCUUUUUCUAGAUCAAUUACCUACCUCACUGGGUCAAGUCCCAUAACUCUGACAUGUAUUUUGGCCAAAUUAUGCCCCCUUUUGGACUUAGAAAAUCCUGGUUAAAGUUUUACAUGCAAGUUACUAUCUCCAAAACUAAUGCAGAUAUUGAAUUGAAACUUCACAUGUGUCUUUGGGGUUAUAAAACUAGCCGAUAGCACCAAGUCCCAUAACUCUGACCUUCAUUUUGGCCAAAUUAUGCCCCCUUUUGGACUUAGAAAAUUCUGGUUAAAGUUUUGCGUGCAAGUACAUACAGCUAUUACUAAAAGGCAUAUAGAUUGGAAACUUAUUUUUUCUUUUUCUAGAUCAAUUACCUACCUCACUGGGUCAAGUCCCAUAACUCUUACAUGUAUUUUGGCCAAAUUAUGCCCCCUUUUGGACUUAGAAAACCCUGGUUAAAGUUUUACAUGCAAGUUACUAUGUCCAAAACUAAUGCAGAUAUUAAAUUGAAACUUCACAUGUGUCCUUGGGGUUAUAAAACUAGUUGAUAGAAUCAAGUCCCAUAACUCUGACUUGUAUUUUGGGCAAAUUAAGCCCCCUUUUGGACUGAGAAAAUUCUGGUUAAAGUUUUGCGUGCAAGUACAUACAGCUAUUACCAAAAGGCAUAUAGCUUUGAAACUUAUUUAUUCUUUUCCAAGGUCAAUUACAAACCUCACUGGGUCAAGUUCCAUAACUCUUAACAUGUAUUUUGAGCAGAUUAUGCCCCCUUUUGGACUUAGAAAAUUCUGGUUAAAGCUUACAUGCAAGUUACUAUUUCCAAAACUAAUGCAGAUAUUGAAUUGAAACUUAACAUGUUUCUUUGGGGUUAUAAAACUAGUUGAUAGCAUCAAGUCCCAUAACUCUGAUAUGCAUUUUGGUCAAAUUAUGUCCCCUUUCGAACUUAAAACUCUUUUGAUAUUUAACAUUUUGGGUAAUAAUUUCCUGCUUCUGUGACAAUAUUUCGAAUAGUCGAGCUUGGCUGUCUUACGGACAGCUCUUGUUUUAUUUUAAAAAGAUAUUUAAAUGAGAAAAUAUGAAAAUCGUAAACAUUUCAAAACUUUUUGAAUUUUUAAAAUCCAUAAAUUAGCGAAAAAGUUAUUAAAAAUUCAGAUCCCAUACACAAACGCUGUAAAAACAUUUGUUUAGCCCACCACCAGAUAAACAGGUGUUAAUGCGUGACGUCACGGCGAUCUCUCCUAUUGACUUGAAACUUAAAAUAGUUAUUUACCAUCAAAGUCUACACCAGGAGACACAAUCCCCAUAACUCUGCUUUGAAUUUUGACUGAAUUAUGCCCCUUUUUAACUCAGAUUUUUUUGUUAAAAUUUUUGAUAAAGUCAGAUAUCUCCGUUACUAUUAAAGCUUUUGACUUGAAAGUUAAAAAAGUUAUUAUGUCUCCCACCACACAGUGAUGUGGGAGACAUUGAUUUACUCCAGUCUGUCUGUCUGUCUGUCUGUCACAAAGCUUGUCUGCACUCUAAAUCGAACAUUUCUCAUCCGAUCUUCACCAAACUUCAACAAACUGUGUCUGCCAAUAAGUGCUCAGCCAAGUUCGAUAACUAGCAAGAUCGGCCUAGCCACUUUGGAAUUAUGGCCCUUGAUUUACCAAAAACACUCGGAUUUCUUGCGCAGUUUUACCCCUAAACCGGCGCCUAUACUACUAGUAGUAUAGGCGUCCUUUUGGUGUCAAGAAAGCGCAUGCACAUGUGGAUUAAGUAAACAGUACCGGUAUAUAAAGACUGACUUACUAUUUAGAUGAUUAGGCAGUUGUGGGAGACAUGCGCAUUUCUCAAAAGCAUCUCUAGUUUACUAUCAAAGUCUACACAGGAGAAACAAUCCCCAAUACUCUGAUUUGAAUUUUGACAGAAUUAUGCCCCUUUUUAAAUUUUUUGUUAAAAUUUUUGAUAAAGUCAAAUAUCUCUGUAACUAUUAAAGCUUUUGACUUGAAACUUAAAAUGGUUAUUUACUAUCAAAGUCUACACCAGGAGAAACAAUCCCCAUUACUCUGAUUUGAAUUUUGACAGAGUUAUGUCCCUUUUUAACUCUGAUUUUUUUUUUUACUGGCAAAGCUCUAAUUCAGAGUCAAGCACUGAGAAAAGUUGAGCGCGCUGUCUUACAGACAGCUCUUGUUAUAAUAAUUUUCACAUUAUUAAGUAAACAUGAAAUUAGUUUCUUUUUCUUAUAAUGUUUGAGAUUUGAUGCUUGUACUGGUAGGUGUAGGAUAAUCAUCAUGUUUUCAAAAAAUCUGCAUCAGAAAUAUCUGAAUUCAAAACAUUGCAAGAGAUUCAUGUUCAUAUAACACAUGUAAAUUCUAAAUCGAUAAGUGUAUAUAUUAUAUUUUAUUUUGCAAUUACAUAGGUCACAAACAUUAGCACAUAUUAUAUAGUAUAACAAAAUAAUACUUUUAACAAAUAAAAUAGAUUUGAUAGACAUUUAAAUAAAAUAACAGUAUUUCUAUUGCACGGAUUAAAUUUGAUAAAUUGCAAGUUCAGCAUUCUUAAAAACAAGAGUAAUAAAUAAGGGAAUAACUAGUUAAGAGCAAUAAAUAGGUAGGUAGGUUAUAAAUAAAUAGGUUAAGAGCAAAGUCACUUGAUUGAUCAUCAAAUGAGCCACGCCAUGGGAAAACCAACAUAGUGGGUUUGCGACCAGCAUGGAUCCAGACCAGCCUGCGCAUCCACGCAGUCUGGUCAGAAUCCAUGCUGUUCGCUAACAGUUUCUCUAAUUGCAGUAGGCUUUAAAAGCAAACAGCAUGGAUCCUGACCAGACUGCGCGGAUGCCCAGGCUGGUCUGGAUCCAUGCUGGUCGCAAAGCCACUAUGUUGGUUUUCUCAUGGCAUGGCUCAAAUAGUUUUUAUUGGAGGCCUAUUAUUAUUAAGUAUAAAGGUUUACUGCAACAUAUGUGUUCAGGAUGGGAACAUGAACACAUAUUGAAAUGUCAACCUCUCUGACUAUUGCUGGCAACAUCUAAUCUUCUUACAUUUCCAUUUCUGACCACUUUUAAUAUUCUAAGUUGACUGUUUCCUGAAACCUCAAAUGUUCUAAUAUGACUGUUUAUGGCUCCCUGUAGUAUUCUAAAUUGACUGUUUCUGGCAACCUCUGAUAUCCUAAUAUUACUGUUUCUGGUGACCUCUUUAAUAUUUUGACAUGACUGUUUCUGGCAACCUCUAAUACUCAAUGACUGUUUUUGGCAAUGUCUCUAAAAUUCCACUAAUAUGACUGUUUCUAGCAAACAUUUUGUCACGUUGUUGUUAAUAUUUAUAUAUGAUAAUAUAUCUGUUAUUUUCAGAUUUAUGUUUGGUUGAAAGUAAACAAAAUAAAACCAUGAAUGAUG